AUGUCGGAGCAGCCGCUUCCUAGUGGUUGGGAGAAGCGCAUGAGUCGUACAAACAAUCAGGAAUACUACUACAAUCAAGCAACGGGUCGAAGUCAAUGGGAGCGUCCCACUGAACCAGCAUUCGGAAAAGGUUCUGAUCUGACUCAAGUCAGAGCAGCUCAUCUGCUGGUAAAGCAUGCUGGCAGUCGUCGUCCGUCGAGUUGGCGGUCGGAUAAUAUUACGCGAAGUAAGGAGGAUGCACGGAACAUUCUCAAAGAUUACGUUCGACAAAUACGUAACUCCAGCGAUCCGCAGUCGACAUUUCGGAAGCUGGCACAGCAGUUCAGCGAUUGUAGCUCAGCGAAGAGAGGUGGAGAUCUCGGAAUGUUCGGUCGACGGCAGAUGCAGAAGCCAUUCGAGGAUGCGUCUUUUGCUCUGGACGUCGGUGAAAUGAGUGACAUCGUUGAAACAGAUUCUGGUCUUCACAUUAUUUGGCGGCUUGCCUAA